AAAGAGAGAGAGAGAGAUAGUGUGAAUGGAACACACCAAACCCUAAUGAUCUCUCACCCUCACAAUUUUUUCUUAUCUUUAUAGCUUUUUUAUAGAUUCACAAAAACUUUUCUUCAGAUUCACAACCUCAUCACACACACAACAACCCUUAUAAAAAAAAGAAAAGAUCUAAAGAAAAUAAACAAGAGCCCUAAUAUAUCAAAUCAAAAACCAAACCAGAGAAAGCUAAAGUUUCCUCUUUUUUUAUUUUCCGAUCCUCUAUACAUAUUCCUGAUCUUCUUUUCUUGUUCUUGAAAAAAAAAAAAACUAGGGUUUACUUACUUAUCCAAAAGAUACGAUCUUUUCCCCCCAGAAAAAGUCAUGUUUGUGUGUGUCUGUAUAUAGAUAAAACAUUGCAUACCCUUAUUAGGUUACACAUAUAUAUAUAUAUAUCAUCUAUAAAAAAAGAAGAAAAUUAGAAUUUUGUUUUUUUUUGGGGUGGGGAAAUUAAGUUAAAAGAUGGGAAGAGGAAGAGUAGAGCUGAAGAGGAUAGAGAACAAAAUCAACAGACAAGUGACGUUUGCUAAGCGUAGGAACGGUCUGUUGAAAAAAGCUUAUGAGCUUUCUGUACUCUGCGAUGCUGAGGUCUCUCUCAUCGUUUUCUCCAACCGUGGCAAGCUCUACGAGUUCUGCAGCACCUCCAACAUGCUUAAGACACUGGAAAGGUACCAGAAGUGCAGUUAUGGCUCAAUUGAAGUCAACAACAAACCUGCCAAAGAACUUGAGAACAGCUACAGAGAGUAUUUGAAGCUGAAAGGUAGAUAUGAAAGUCUGCAGCGUCAGCAGAGAAAUCUUCUUGGAGAGGACCUUGGACCUCUGAAUUCAAAGGAGCUAGAGCAGCUUGAGCGUCAACUAGACGGCUCUCUGAAGCAAGUUCGCUGUAUCAAGACGCAGUAUAUGCUUGACCAGCUAUCUGAUCUUCUAGGUAAAGAGCAUAUCUUGCUUGAAGCCAACAGAGCUUUGUCAAUGAAGCUGGAAGAUAUGAUCGGCGUGAGACAUCACAAUAUAGGAGGAGCAUGGGAAGCCGGUGAUCAACACAAUGUUGCCUAUGGGCACCAUCAGGCUCAUUCUCAGGGACUAUACCAAUCUCUUGAAUGUGAUCCCACUUUGCAAAUCGGGUAUGGCCAUCCAGUGUGUUCAGAGCAAAUGGCUGUAACGACGCAAGGUCAGUCCCAACCAGGAAACGGCUACAUCCCUGGCUGGAUGCUAUGAGUGAUACUUCUUCUCCCAGUAAAGAUCUGAAGCAAGUACUGGUGGGGUCUUGGCGUGAGGUCUUAGAUCUUAUGCAUAUGAAUAAGAAUGAAUAGUUAUGAAUUUUGUGUUUAUGUAUGCACAACAAGACUUUGAUUUGUAGACAUAAGUGGCUAUAGCUGUGAUACCCUUCCAUAUUUCUCUUCUGUUUCAGACGUCAGGAGAUGUUUGUGCCUUUUGUAACCUUUGCUUAUAUAUGUAUGGAUUGUAAUGUGUGAACUGCUAAGAAUGACCAUGUCUCAUCUGUUUACUUA